AUGGAGCUAGCGCUCGACCUUAUUCACCAACGACCCACAGAUGAGGCCGAAGAGAAACUAUGGAAGAGCCACCUUCUUCUCGCCAUUGAAGAUACCAUUACCUCAAUGCCCAAUCUCCAAUCGUUGGAGAUAGACUACGUUACCCUGGACCUCUAUCUUUCUCUGAAUCUUCUUCUCGCCAUCAGCCAACAUUCUUCUCUCGAGGCCGUCAAAAUAACGUCGUUAACGCAACUCGUCCAUAUACCAACAGACACCAUAUCACGUUCACCGGAACUCCUCAACCGUAUCUGCUGCCGUGAACUCAAACUCUAUUUCUCUGGCGCCAAGAGAGAUGUCCCGAAAGAAUUCUUCGAAGGCCUCUUCUGCGCGGGUCGCGGUGUCCGUCUCGAAGUGCUCCAUCUAUCUGGUCACAUUCCGAGGCAUCUACAAACAAUCUAUUUCCAUGGACUCCAGUCAGUGACGAUCCUAUGCUCCCCACGGAUGCAAUUUCCCGACCUUCAAGGGAUCGCGCUCCCGGCUCGGCACCCAUCGUUGACCAAUAUCACUGUAAAACCCCGGAGCUUCACCUUUCCGCCUUUUCAGACACUAGCCUGCUUGCCAUGUAUAGAUGAUCUGUAUGCGGCUGCGGUCAAGGAGGGUUUGGGAGGGUCGCUCUGGCUGAAUGAAGAGCUUCAGUUAGUCAAGGUAUUGCCGCGUACCGAUGGCCCAUCGCACGCUUUCGAUGCUCUUCGUGUUUCGAGCAGUUGGGGCAUAGCAAAGGCGACCCUCAUUCUUAUCAAGGACGGUGUUCGGCCCCUUUCCUUAUUCAUGAAGUUCGCUUGUCCUUUGAGAUAUAUAACCGUGGAGGCGAACUUCGAUGAUGAGGGUAACCCGACAAUGCCAGAGGUUUUUGCCGCUCUGUCGGCCUAUCCACAAAAUCUUCAAAAUCUACAACAGAUCAAGCUCGUGCUCUUCCCACUCUGGGAAAGCGAGGCCGAUCACUACGGACCAGCGGCGAGCGUCUGCUUCCACGCCGACAACUUCCGCUAUACCCCCCACGGCCUCGGAUUCGAGGUGUAUAGAAGCGCCCUCAGGGAACAUGCUUGGUGGAUCAUCCAGGAACGACUCGGGUUCUACGUGGAAUAUCAUACCCCGCUGAUUGAGGAGUUGGGGAAGCUGUGUCCAUCACUUGAGAGGGUGAUCAUUUAUUGCUCGAACGAGCGUGAUGGCACGAGUGCUCAUUUUGAGUAUACAUUUAAAGUCGACAAGAAUGGUGCUCCGAACGGUGAUCGCGUUUUUGGUGCAGUAGUGGCGUAG